CUACCUGUCUCCAGGUGUCAGGAAGCAAGAAUCACGGCUCCUCUCCUCUCCGGCGGAAAGGCCCUCCCGGAGCCACUGCUGCCAUCCAUGACUGCUAUACCACCCUGCCGGAAGCGAUGCCCGUGCCGUUCGGCCCAGCUAUUGGUCGGACUGCUGUGCAGCCUGGCCAUCCUCUUGGUUCUCAGCUUCCUGGCCACCAGCCGCCAGGAGGAGCUGCUCUCACGCACGCUGCCCGGUGUGGGGGAGCAAUACAUAGAACCCCUGCUCCUGCCGCCACCCAACGCCUUCCCACUGUCCCCAUCGCCCUGUGCCCUGACUGCCCCCUGGCUACUGGUGCUAGUGGCCAGCGCGACUGGGCAUACGGCCCGGCGGGCGGCGGUACGACGCAGCUGGGGGGGUACAAGGCUGGCAGGGGGGCACAACAUGCGCACAGUCUUCAUACUGGGGCUGCCUGGGGAUGUGGCGCAGCAGGCAGCACUGGAGCGUGAGUCGGCUGAGCACGGUGACCUGUUGCAGGCGCAUUUCGUCGACACCUACGCAAACCUAACCCUGAAGACGCUGGCGAUGUUGGGCUGGGCCACCACCCGCUGCCCCACUGCCCGCUUCCUGCUCAAGGCUGACGAUGAUGUCAUCCUCAACCUACCUGCCCUGGCACGAUACCUGGAGCGGCUGGCCGGCCCACCCGCUGUCUAUCUGGGCCAGGUGUACUCACACGUGAAACCCAUCCGCAACCCACACAGCCGGCACUACCUGCCCACCUCACUCUAUCCGGAACCCACCUUCCCGCCCUACUGCAGCGGCACCGCCUACGUUCUCUCUGCCCCUGCCGCUGCCGCUGUCCUGCGUGCUGCCCGCCAGCUGCCGCUGCUGCCCAUAGAGGAUGUCUUUGUGGCACUAUGCACCCGCCACGCUGGCAUUGCCCCGCGUCACUUGGACUACCUGGCCGGGGCUACCCACUACCCGCCUGAUGCCUGCUGCUACCGUGAGGUGCUCUUCAGUGUGCACGAGGUGCCGCCUGACGAAAUGCUGUCCAUGUGGGAGGCAGGCGAGCACCCGUGCACCGCCUGGCAGCGCUUCCUGGGCCUGAUCCGCUGCAAGGUACUGGCCUGGCUGGCCGCGAAAGACGCCUCAUGACCGAUUUCCCGCUCAUCCCCCAAGGACCACGGGAGAAACAGGCCUAGAGCCCCCCACCUGGGACCCUCCGUCUGGCCACGGACGAGCAAAGGGACUGAUUGGCCGGUGGAAGAACCGCCAGGAGCUCCGCCCACCUGGAUGCUGAGCUUCCCUCUUGGGGUUGGCAGGCCGAGGCUCUGCCAGCGGUGGGAGUGCCAGGCUGCCCUCCUUGAUUCUCCGGCCGACGUGGGCCUUGGAGCUGAAAAACCGAAGGAAGGACGAAGGGGCCCGCCCGGUCAGUAUGUUUUUAGGGGUGGGGUCAUUCCUCCCUGAUUGGGGUGCCAUCCUCCCUUGGGCACCGGGAGGUCAAAGUGGGCUUUUCACAGCCUCGGCAGCAACGGAGAGGUUGCCCCACAGAGCUGUGGGUGGGGCCCGAAGAGGCCGGAAUGCCCCGUGGAUCCUCCCCUUGUGGAAUGAGACGACCCAUGGGGGCCAGGUGGGCACAGAUGGCUGGGCAUGGCUGGGUCCUUGCACUGGCUAACUGGACAUAGGGAGAAUUUGGGGAGAAUCACCUCUCGCUUGGCAGCAUGCUGGGCAUUUGCCCUUGUGCACGCGCGCACACACACACACAGACACACACUUAUCCCCAUCCGUGCUGGGAAGCUGCCAAUUGUGCCCAGGGUUGGGGAGAAGGAUUUCCCCGUUGGGGGAGCCGUGUGCAUGAACACACACUCACACCAUUUGAAUGCGGGGACUUUUACACACUGCUCUCCUUCCCCACCAUGCUUAGCAACCCGGAGGCUCCCCUGCAGGGCGGGGUUUUUAUUCUGCAAAUGCCCGGGGACUUCAAUGUUCAUUCCCCCCCCUUUAAUGUGGCUUUUGCAGCACCUCCCUUUGCAAACUUCUCCCGGAACAAACUUCUAACGCCCUGUGGCAGCCACAUCCUGCCGGCCCAUAACCCGUAUCUCACUGGCACGUUGUUAUGCCACAUUGAGUCCCCAAGGGGUGUGUGUGUGUGUGUAUCCAGCAGUGCAUGUGGGGAGCGGGGGGUGGGCUGCAGUCCUUGGGCAAGGGAGACACAGUGCCCAGGAAUACUUUUGGGGGUGCUAUUUUGCCCCCCCCAAUUCAUGCCCCCUGGGAGCCCCGCCUCCUUUCCCAACUGCUGAGGAGUGGGGGGGCAGGGGCAGCCCCUCCCCCAUCACAGGGCCAGAGAGACGACACAGUUCCCCUACUGCUCCGAGCGCUCCGGAAGCAGAGUGGUGGCCGCAGAGGCAGAGCGGGAGGAGGGUGCCCUGCUCAGCUGGGCUCUCUCUCACGCAGGCUGCACACGCAGGACUCCCGCUUUGGAACACCGGGCAGCCUCGGUGACUCUGAAGGAGUGCAAGAUCGCGUACCCGACGGCUUCCGUCCCUUUGCAAAAGCUUUGGCGUGGAGAGUGGAGGCUUUUGCGUCUGCGAUCCCGUUACUCCUUCAGAGUCACCGAGGCUGCCUGGCGCCCCAAAAGCAGAUUCGGGGGGGGGGUGCUGCACAGGGGGCCUCCGCGAGUCAGGCAAACUGAACGAAGGGCGCCCGUCCCGCUCCUCCUCCGCUCUCCAGGCUGCUAUUUUGGGGCAGGCAAAGAAGCCACGGCAGAAGGGCUGGAGGGGACGGAGCUGGCUUGACCGUGGAGAUCUCCCAAAGGUCAAGGCCGGUGCCUGUGGGGAAGCGGCAGGGUGGGGGGGGGCAGGAGAUAUCUCUCGUGGGCGGGGGGAGGCCUUGGGUGACGGGUGUCAAACUUGCUGUGGCAUUUUGCCUUCGUGGAGCUGUGGUGGGCGUGGCCUGUGUGCAUCCGGCCUGGGGGGCCGCCAGGUCUCCCCCCCCCCGAGACACCCCAUGUGCACUUAUUCACCUGAGCGUCCAAUUAGCCAGCGCAUUGGGUAAACCAGACAGAGAGCAUGUUCGUUCAUGAGCCUCGGUGGCGCAGUGGUUGGAGUGCGGUACUACAGGCUAC